AUGCUGGCCACCGGGCCCCGGCUGGUGUUCCUCCUCCUCACUGGACUCCUGCUCUCCUCCCUCGGCCAUGCGGCUGGGACUUCCCCCGACAGCAGCAACGAUCUGCCGCACCUGGAGGCCGCGCGGCAGGUCGACGUGAAUUUUGCCCCCGGGGAGGUCUCACUGGCCGAUGUCUCCACCGCCGGCCUGGUCGAUGUCACCUCGGCGGUUCCCUUCAUCGCCGGCUCCGGCGGCUCGACUCGCUGGCGCGCUCGGUCCCCCGGUGACGGUCUGCCGGACAUCCUGCUGACCGGCCGCCUGGCCACCGGCAACCCCGGCGUCUGGGCCGCACCCAAUACAUACUUCGCCUCCCUGCCCAGCCCGGCCAACUUGGCGGCCGAUCCCUUCGGGCCGCGUGUCGGCUUCGCCGGCCAGACAGCGCCCGUCCCCGCGUGGGAUGACUCCACCCCCGGGGUGGGGCUACCCCUCCACCAAUCGGCCCUCGGGUGGGACUCCCUGUCCCAGCCAUCGGUGGGCAUCCUUCUCGGUACGUCAGUCGACUUGGGCACCUUCUGGCAGGCCCAGAUCGUGCAGGAUGCCGUGCCGAUCCCGGCGCACUGGCUCCCCAAGGUGACCUUCCUGGAUGCCGGACGCCAGUCGGCCGAUCGGGCCGUCAUCGGCGCCAAGCUACUGACGAUGGCCGCCGCCACCGCGGCCGCCGGCGCCCCGACCGGCAGUGACUCGACCUCCGGAUCGGCGUCUGCCUCGGGCUCCGGCCCGGGCCUACCGGCCGCCGACCAUUCCACCGGCGUCACCAUCUGUUUGGCGAUCAGUCACACGGCCUCCCGCACGGGGGCUGCCCAGUGCGCGGCGUCCGGGCACACGCGCCUCCCGUCGGCCGAGUUGGGCCCGAUCACCGCCGAACAUGCCGGCGCUGGGGAUGGGUCCGCCCCUGGGGAUCUGGCCCCCUGCGGGGUGGUCCAUUCGCUGGUCCCGCUGGUGCAUCUUGCGGGGCUUCUGCCCGCCGGACUGGUGGCCCUGCAGCCGGCCCUGGCAGCUGCCCCCGGUGGCGCCGGCACAUCGACCCCCCCGCGCGCCCUCGCCUUCGCCAUCGGGCUCAAUGGGCAAACCACCUCCACCAUGCACAUGUACUCCGUGUCCCAGGUCGAGGUGUCGCUGGCCACCUCCCCCCCGGUAUCGGGGCACUUUCACCAGGCCACCACCCUGCGCGCGGAUGGGGCCACCCUGCCGGAUGACGCGCAGCGCAUUGCCCAUGCUCGGGUGCCGACCGGCUGGCCCGGGCCGGGUGCUCCACUGGCCGGGCACUCCGGCCUCCAGACCAUGGCCAUUCUCCCGGACCUGGCACACGGCCUGAAUGCCGCCACCACCACCGUGGCCUAUCUGUAUCACCAGGUGUCGCAGGCGACCGGGCAAACGCGCGGCGGCCCGCACCUGGCCCUCUACCAUACCGGCCUCGACACGACGGUGCGCGUGUCCCUGGUGCCCGAAGGCCUGCGGCACCCGCUGACCCAGGGGCCCUUGAACCCGGCCUGCUGCUCGGCCCUCGGCUUUGCCCCGACUUCGAUCGACUCGCAAGGCCGCGUGCGCACCAUCACCGUGGCUCUGGCUCUGGGGCACGAAUGCACCGGCAGCUUGGACGCCGUCCCGCCGGACACCACGCCCCAGCAUGUGCACUUGUCGCGCGUGCUGCUUACCCCGGACGGUGCGGCGGUCCUGAUGGGCCUGGAAACCCUGCCACUCGGGAGCACCGUAUUUGCGUCGCUGCCAGUGGCCCCGGCCGCGGGCACUCCCCCGCCGGCCGGCCUGCAGCGCUUGCGUGUGCACAUGGCCGGCAUCGAUCUGAAUGCCGAUGGUGAGCGCGAUCUGGCCAUCCUCCUGAGCCUGGAGGACACCCGCCAGGCGGCGCUCUUCCGUGUGCUUCACCAUCGGGGCGAGGCCACUGCGGGCACCGGCCCUGGCACCGGCGCUGACGACGCCCAACAGUGGGUCCCCCUUGCGCCGAAGCGUCUUCCCCUGCACGCGGAGGCGGCCCAGCCGGUUCCCAUCCCUCUCGACGGUGCCUGGCCCGUGCUCUCCGGCACGCCGCGUGCCUUGCUCGAUGUGGAUCUCGAGAAUGACGGCUGGCCGGAGCUUUGUCUGUUGAGCCUGCGUGAGGGGUCGGCUGGCUCGCUGGCCGGCGUGACCCUCGAGCACUGGUCCGACAUGCGCGCGCGCAAUCCCGAAUUCACCUGCCCGGCCGACGCCUUCCAGGCGGCGGUCUGGCCACCGGUCCGGCGAGUGCUCUUCUCGACGGCCCAGACAUCGCCGGUCAAUGUGCCAGGACAUCCUGCCCGCUUGCUGGGGCUUGAUUCUUACAACCGCGGUCUGGCCCAGCAUCUGGGCUUCCGGGCGGGUAUUUGCGCCCCAGGGCACCAGGUGGCCGGGACCCCCGGCACUGGGGCCUCUUUCGCCCAGGACUGGGGGGUCUAUCGGCGAUGCACGCACGAGGGCUGGAGCGUGCAUCUCGGUCCUCAGGAGCAGGCGCAAUUUCCAUUCCCGCGUGGCGUCUGCCAGCGUUCCACUUGCCCGGCCUUCACCGAUGAGUUUGGCACGCAGUUCCCGGCAUCGCCAGCCUCCCUGACGGUCCGCCUGUUGACCCGGUCGUCGCAGAUGGGCACACUCUCGCCAGCCGGGGCUCUGGUCAUCCCUGAUGACGAAGGGGUCGCCGAGGGAGCUUGCAGCUUGACCCCCUCGUCGCAAUCCUCCCGGCACCGGCUCUGCCACACAAGCGGCCUUUGGAGUGUGGGCACGAAGAUCACCUGUCAGACGGGCGCCACUUGCUCGGCGAGCGUGGCCUUCCCUGGUGCGACAUCCACUCCCUGGCCGGUGGGCUGGGGGAUGUCCCUGUGGGACUCGACGCGGAUUAAGGGUACAUUCCCGGCUCCUCGGCCGGGCCUUACCGAGACCUCGGCCGAUGGGAGCCCCGUCAGCGAGGUGACCUGCCCGGUUGGCUUUGCCCCGACCGGCCAGCAGCCCACGUGCGAGACCUCCGGCUGGAGGCUCGCUGCCGGCGGGCCGACCUGUUCGCCCAUUCUCUGCGAGUCCCCACAGAGUCAGGAGUACGGCGCCAUGUGGCCGGCUGCUGCGCCGGCCAUGUCACUCAGCCCUGGUGCCGACCCAGACUCCUGGGUUGUCACCGGCCGGUGCAUGGAUGGCUACAGCCUGCCGCCGGAGGUGGCCGGUGCGCCAGUCACCGAGGGCCGACCGGUCCUGGUGGUCCCCGCGCGCCGAUGCCGACUGGAUGGCCUCUCGGCGGUGGUUGACGCGCCCGAGGCCGGCAUGCGGUGCAAGAAGGACUGCCCGGCCAUGCCGCAGGGCCUGCACCUGGCUGGCGAGCAAGCAGCCCCCCCGGCCGCGGGCAGCUCGGAGCCCCCGUCCGAUGGGAACCUCCCACCACCGGCCCUCCCUCGGGCGCAUCCGGCGACCACUCUGCCCGCGGUCUGCCCGGCUGGCUUCACGCAAUCCCCCUCGCAUGCCCCCUUUUACCAGUGUUCCAGCAGUCUGAGUGUCUGGCAGGCGAACUUCGACUCCUGCCUUUUCGACACCGAUCUCGGCCAUGAGGGAUUCCAUUUCCUUGUCCGGAACGCGGACUCCUCGCGUCUGACCGUCGAGUGGAGUUACAGCCCUGCAUCCAGCUCCAGCCACAGCACGUCCGGUGUCGGGGUUUCUUCGAUGCCCGAGGCCGAUGGCCAGGCCUUGGUGGCCACCCCCGGCCUCGCUUCGGCCUUCCCUUCGCAUUGCUCCCAGUUCAAGCUUCGCUUCAGCCGCGGCGGCUUUGGCAUGGAUCCGGUGCCCGGCAAUGAGGGGCUCACACGUGGGUCUGUCAUCACCUUGCGCGGCCUGGAGCACUUCCAUGCCUUCAUGCUGCAGCUGUGGUGCGGGCCGACCUCGCCAACAAACAAUCCCCAGCAUGGGGAUCGGUAUCCCACCCUGGCGGCACAGCUGAUCGCCCGGACAUCUCUCCCCCCAUGUGGGUUCAUCUCGGCCACGCCGCCCUCCGGACCGGACGCCUGGGUCCCCGGGCCCGAUGGCGGUCUUUCCACCAUCGAAAGCACCAGUGUAAACCUGUCAUGGAAGGCACCAGCCGUGUCGGGCAAUGUGCCGGCCGGGUCGCUGGUGUACGAGCUCCUGUACCGCGAGGUGGGUCCUGCGGCGCCGACUCCUGUCCCCCCUAGCGACAGUGGCUCCGGGGGCCCUGGUGCCGGUGAUGGCGGCCAUGCCGGCUGGGCCACGCUGCCCUUCUACCUGACCGAGACCCACCACCGACUGGAGGGCCUGAGGCUGAAGUCCCAAUUUGAAGUCCGUGUUUUCUCCGGGGUCUUUGUGCCACCGGGCCAUCCGCUGCUGGCUGCCACGGGUGGACGGGUCACCUCGGUCUUUUCGCCGGAGGGGAGCAGCACCAGCGGCGGCAGCUCUUCAGUCUCUUCAAGCUCCUCGGCAUCCUCCUCCAGCCGAGGUGGUACCAGCAGCGGCGGCAGUGCCAGCAGCAGCGGCAGCAUCGCAUCCGUGAACCUUGCCCAGGGGAACGCCCUCCCCUGGAACCCGCAGCACCAGGUGCAGCAACAGCAGCAGCAGCAGCACCAGCAACAGCACCACCAGCAGCAGCAGCAGCACCUGCUGCUGGCACUCGGCGGCUCUCUCCAGGCCACCGCGGCCAGCGACAGCAGUCCGUCUGACUCGGCGUCGGGCUCGAGUCUGACGCCUCCCAACUCCGACGCACGCAUCCCCAUUGGGUACAUCCUGUGGGAGAAUGCCGGCGCCGAGCAGAGCAUCUCCACCCGCGGGUGUCCCACCUCCGGGGCAUACCCAAUCGGGUCCGGGGGCCACUCCUGCGGGCGAUGCCACGAAACGUGCUUCAGCUGCGUCGGCCCCGGGCCCGACCAGUGCCUGACAUGUGCUCGGCCAGGGGACGCAUACAACCCGUCCACCGGGCGCUGUAGCCCCACCGCUUCCGAGGGGGUCCAGCAGGCGGGCAGCCUCUUCAGUUGGGUGGCCCUGGGCAUGCUGGUCUUCUUCGCGAUCCUGGGCCUGGUGUUGUACCUGGUGGCUCGGCACUGGGAUCCGCUUGCCUUCAACACGGAGCUGGUGACCGCCUGCCUCAUGGUGGCGGACCUGGUGGUGGAUUCCAUCUCGGCCGCCGAAAAGGUGACACUGGACUUGGCCUCAGCGGCUGGCCGUCUGACCGUCAUGACCAUCGUUUCCGUGGCCAUUGUCCUCCUGUCGCUGGUGGUCAAUUCCCUGCUCACGUGGCAUGUGUUCACCAUCCUCCGUCGGCCGGAGGGCGGGCGCGGGUCUCUCGGCCGAGGGACCCUCGGCCGCAACAAGCAAGUGACCAGCGUCACCAUUGCCCCGGUGACGGAUAGCUGGACGCGGCGCUUCCCCCGGACCGCGGUCGCGCUCGGUGUCCUGGGCGCGGUGCACGUCGAGUCGCUGUUGCUUUCGCGCUCGCGUGUGUUUGCCCUGCCGAGCUUGAAUGCUCCUCUCGGACCGCGGGGCGAGGAUCGUGUGCGCUUCCUCGGCCUGCUGAACAUGGUCUUCGAGGACAUUCCCCAGCUGGCGAUCGAGCUUUUCCGCAUCGGGUCCCGGCAGACCGGCGGCUCGAACAGUGGCAGUGCCCUGCCCAACUUGACCUCGGUCCUGGCGGCCACCCUGUCUCUGUUGCUGAUCCUGCUACAGAUUCUCCGCCGUGUGGUCCUCUUCCACGUGCGCCAGGCCAACCACCGCGAGUCCAUCAAGGCCCUGUCGUUGGAGGAGCGCCUGGCCCGUGGCGAGGUGCCGGAUGUCAUCUCCCCGGGGACCGGGCGGACCGGGCCCGAGGGCGGCCUGGCUGCUGGUGGCCUGCCCCCGGUCGAUGGCGAGCAGUCCUUCGAGCUGGAGACCUUCCGCCGGGGUGGGGAUUUCAUCGAUUGA